AUGAAGCCAACAGUGCUAGCAGUCAUGUUUAUGGUCGUCUUCGCACACCAGGUCAGCGCAGAUGAGCGACUGAAGGCCCUCAGCCAGGCCUCCUGCGACUUUGCCCAGAGGCUUCACUUCAAGCUCUCAUUCUCAACAAUCGAGUCUGUCGACUUGGAAGUGGUCAACGCCAUGCUGGUCAACUCGGACAAACCCAUUGAGCAGCAGUUCAAGAGCGACGCCGAGAGCAAAUACUUGGCCAAGAUUGAGACCUUCAAGCCCAGCGAGCAGGAUGCCGAGAAGAAGAUCAACGACUACGUCUCACAGAAGACCUAUGGUGAGAUCCGGGAAAUCAUCAAGAAAGGCAGCAUCAAUGACCAGACUUCCGUGGUUUUGGUCAGCACCCUGUCCUUCAACGCCACCUGGCAAAACGAGUUCGAUGUUUCCAAGACGAGCAAACAGCCAUUCACAUGGGAAAACGGCAAGAAGGAGGAGGUUGAGAUGAUGAAUGACACCAGAAUCGUUCUGUACAAGAGAGACAACCAGUCGGAAAUCGACGUCAUCCAGAUGCCCUUCAAGGGCGGACGUUUUGCAAUCUACUUUGCUCUGCCACGACGAGUGGGUCAACUGGCGGCUUUGGAGGAGCGUCUGUCCGAGCCCGGCAAGUCUAAGGAGCUUCUGGAGGGUCUGCAGCCAACCACCGUCGAGCUGGCUAUCCCCAAGUUCAAGAUCGAGAAGCGAUUCGAGCUGAAGCAGAGUCUGCGAGAGAUGGGCAUGGAGAAGGCUUUCGAAGCCAACUCAGCUGACUUCAAACGUCUUCACAUCAGCGAGGUCGUGCACGCUGCCGUGUUCGAAAUCGAGGAGAGGGGAACCCGCGGCUCAUCCGCCAGUGUCACAGAAAUUGAAAGCAAAUCCCGACCAUCCGUGGAGGAAGCCCAGGAGACAUUCAUCGCCGACCACGGUUUCAUGUUCUGGGUUCUGGACAACUCCAGCAGCCAGGUGGUAUUCCAGGGAUCUUUCAACGGUCAGAAGAAAUAA